CGAGGGCGAGCUUGCAAAGUGCGAUUGCGCAACAAUGGCGGAACUUAUCGCGGAUGUUUCUCGGUCUUGGGAAACCCACAUGAUUAUAUUUUUGAGUUUGUGAACGAGCGAGUCUCAGAUUUGGAAUGACCAGAACUGAUUCUUGAGGAGGAUUUUUGUUGUGGAUAAAGUCAUGCAUCACACUAAUCUGUUCAUUUCCGUCGCACUUUUGACUACCCUCGUGCACCUGUCUAGAGUCGAUGCUGGACAGCUAUUGUCCACUGAACAUCGCACUCAUGCUGCCACUGAACGUGCCAAUGAUUUGAACUGUUAUGAAUGUGACACUAUCAAGGAUGGAGAGCAUUGCGUUAAUCCAAAUAGUAACUAUACUUGGCUUAAGAAGAAAUGCAAAGAUGAUCGACGGCAAUGUAUGGUAAAAAGAUACUCGUUUACAUUGAGCACGGAGAACUCGACAUCGGAGCCGAUGAUGUGGGCGUUGGAGCGGAAUUGCACAAAUAAAUGCGAGCCAGGAUGCAUUGUGAUCGGGGAGCGGACAAAGCUGUUUGCAUGCACCGACUGCUGCGAAAAGUCCUACUGCAACACGGGAAAAGGCACAGCCGCGGAUCUCACCACCAGGGAAAUCGGUUUUGUAUUGACUCUAGUGCUGCAAGCCGUACUUACUGUUACUCUCUAUCCUGCGUGACAUCAAUAAAACCACCAACGUUUCUUUAUUUAA